UUCAGGUGCAAUCUAGCUCCUGUGGUGGAGUUUGCUGCCGAUGUGGGAACUAAAUCUGAUUUUAUUACCAUGAACCCAUCAGUUGUACAAAGAGCAUUUGGAGGAUUUCGGAAUGAGAGUGACAGAGAAAAAUUUGUGCAUAGACUAUCGAUGCUGAAUGACAGUGUCCUUUGGAUCCCUGCUUUCAUGGUGAAAGGUGGAGAGAAGCAUGUGGAAUGGGUUAAUGCAUUAAUCCUUAAGAAUAAAUUGAAAGUGCGAACCGCCUAUCCGUCACUGAGACUUAUUCAUGCUGUCAGAGGCUAUUGGCUGACAAACAAAGUCCACAUUAAACGACCCAGCACUGGUCUCCUGAUGUAUACACUUGCCACCAGAUUUUGUGAUGAAAUUCACCUUUAUGGAUUUUGGCCAUUCCCAAAGGAUUUACAUGGAAAACCAGUCAAGUAUCAUUAUUAUGAUGAUCUGAAGUAUCGAUACUUUUCUAAUGCUAGUCCUCAUAGGAUGCCAUUAGAGUUUAAAACGUUGUAUGUAUUACAUAACAGAGGAGCACUUAAAUUAACAACAGGGAAGUGUGUACAGCAAUAA